CACCCCGCCCCUGCCGAUGACGUCCCGCCCCCCGCCGGUCCCCGGGCGGCGGCGGUAGCGGCGGUGGUUGAUUAUCAUCUUAAUACAAGCCAGUGAAGAUGACACCAAAGCAUGAAAAACAAGAAUUUGUAACUGUCUUGGUUCGAGACCCCAGGACACAGAAAGAAGACUCAUGGCAUUCUUACAUAGACUAUGAGAUAUUUAUUCACACAAACAGUAUGUGCUUUACAAGGAAGACAUCCUGUGUUAGAAGACGCUUUCGAGAAUUUGUUUGGCUUCGGCAGAGGCUUCAGAGCAAUGCAGCGCUUAUACAGCUACCUGAACUGCCAUCUAAGACUCCUUUUUUCAAUAUGAAUAAUCCUCAUCACGUAGACCAUCGCCGUCAGGGUCUGCAAGAAUUUCUGGAAAAGAUCCUUCAAGAUGCAUUGUUGCUUUCAGACAGUAGGCUUCACCUCUUCUUACAGACUCAGCUAAGCCCAGAGGAUAUGGAGGCUUGUGUGUCUGGACAGACCAAAUACUCUGUUGCUGAUGCAAUUCAUAAGUUUGCCUCUUUGAACAGACGUUUUCCUAUAGAAGAUGAAGAGAGAAAAAAAGGAGAAAGCGAUGCGGGGCCUUACUCAGAGAGUUCAUCCUCCGGGCUUGGACCUAGUGAUGACAGCAUUUCAUGUGAAUGUAAAGCAAGCCCUGCUUCUGAAGAAUCAUGAAAAAUCAUUCCUGUGUUACUAUCUUAAGGACAGUACAAAGCAGUUUCUGCUCUGUUUGCUGGUUACGUGCACCAUGUAAACACUGCUGGCUGGUAACACUUACCUAAAAGACAAUACAACCAUAUGUCCUCACAACAUUUUCAAAACAGACCCCGACCCUAUCUCUCUGUUGAUUUAUUCAUACUUUGAUUUGAGUCUACGUGAUACCUAUUAUGUUUAGGGUUUUGUGACUAUUAAAAUCUCAGUAUCGAGUUAGUCAUGCUCCACCGACAUACAUGGCAGUCAAAAUACCAGCGAGUGCGUGUCUCAGAUCUGGAAAAUAAAGAUAACUUAAUUCCUCAGCUUAAAAGUUGGUAUAUCAUAUCAAGUAUAUUCAAAGCAUCUUUUUGUAAUUUGCAUCAGAGAAGUUUCAUCUUUGGAAGUCAUUUGACAUUGGUGAUGAAAUUACAUACCCCACAAGGUAUUAACUUUUUAAAGUAGCUCAGCAACAUCAGCAAAACAACAUUUGUACAAACUAUAUGCUGAUGACAAUUUGAGAUAUAAAUAUAUCUUCCUCUGGUCUUCCUGUAAUGUGUAUGGAAAGCUUGGUUUUAUCGUGCUGUAAGAACUGAAGGCCAAAAUUUUUGAGCACAGUUGCUUACAGAAUUAUGUUAGAAAGUUAGAAAUAUUAAUAAAAAUGACAUCAUUUCUAGGCUUGCUGGAGAUUCUCUGUUCCCAGGGAAUUAUAGAUACUCGUUCCCAGUGAAAAUCCUGGAUGAGGUCCAUUGAAACCAAUGGUUGAAUUUUGCGUUGACCUUGCUAGGGCCAGGAUUUCCUCCAGCAUGUUUCACUUCAGGCACUCAGAUUUAAAGAUGCUGGGAGAAAUGUUUUAGUUUAGCAGUUUAUUUGGGGAGUAUCUCCCUCUCUGAGCAGAUGCCAGUCACGGAGCUGUAACACGCUGUACUGAUGUGGACCUUUCUACUCUUUAGGAGUAUCAGGAGCAGCUGAUUUCACUGUGGCUCUAGUUAACACACGGAAUAUUGAAUUUUUCCACAAACAAAAGGCAGGCUUGAACACAACUUCGUAACCACCAACACUUACUUUGAUUAAACGUCAGUUUUGCUCUUUAUUGUUAACAGCAGCUGCAUAGUGUCUUGUCCCAGAUUCUGUCAAAGGAAUGUGUUUCACUGUGGUGUUGUAUUUAUAUUUGACAUUUAACUGCUAUUAAAAAGAGCUAGGGGCUCUGAUCACCCUCCCAAAGCUCCCUUUAACUUCAGUGCUGUAGUUACUGGCCUAGACUUUUUUUUUCUUUUUUCCCUGUGGAUACUUUGUAAGAAAGGGGAUUUUGAACCUGUGAAUUACAGAAACAAUAGAUUAUUAAGUGGCCAGCUAAUAAAGGGGAGCAUAGGCAUGUGUGGGCAUGCUUUUUUUUUUUUUUUAAAGCAUCCAGCUGGAGAAUCUGUGUAAUUUUAAAAACAUGUUUAAACAGCCUGAGGAUAACAUCUCUUAGGUAACUGCUUUAGGCCAGUGUAUUUUGUUGACGGUAGCACUUCUGUAAGAUGAAUAUCCACGUUUCUUUUUGCUCGGUCAUGUUGAAUUGUACAAACUCAUCUAUUCACCUUCUCAGCUUGUGUGUGACUUAGCAGCAACAUUUUAGCGUAAAAGUGGUAACAUUUAAUUAAAGCAACAGGUUAUCACUAAAAGUAGCUUUAAAGAUAGGUGUUAUUGCCAGGCAGAGAUCUUGACUGCUUGACCUUUUUUUUUUUUUUUAAAGAUAGCACAUUACGAGAAAAAAUUAUUUAGCAUAUUUAGUCAAAAGAUGAAGGAAAUAUAAAAACAAAACCUGGAAUAAUAUCUGAGAAAGAUAUUAAUGUUUUUAUUUAAUGCACUGUCAAGGUAGUGGGUUGUUGCAUUGUUUUAAAAGAGUGAGCUAAACUGCUGAAGCACUUUACAGUUCUGGCCUAUCAACACAUCCUUGAUAUCUGAUGAGUAUUACAGAAAUAGAAGGUUUGGAAAGCCUUUGGUUUUAAUUUUUUUUCCUUUUCAAUUCUAGGAGCUUAUCUAUAUGCCAGUGAGCGUUUUCCAGCUGAAGGUGUUUCCAAAAUAAAUAGUUGUUUUUCUAAUAGUUCUGUUGGUUUUUUUGUCAGUUCAAAAAUUCCUAAGACUACUAUAACAGAAUCCCAUUUCCCAGCUUCUGACAGAAAUUUGUUUAAAUAUUUAUCUUUUGAAUGUUGUUUGUGUAGCUAGUAUGACUGGAAUUCUUAUUAAAGGGGAAGGGAAAGUAUUCCAUGCUCUAGUAUGUUGUUGUCUUGUAUCAGCUGUCUGUAACUGUGUAUAAAUGCUUUAAGACGUUUUGUUUAAUUUGGAAUAUUAAAUGUAACUGUUACUAAUUUAAAUGUAAACAAAGUAUAAUUUUAAUGUAUUUUGUUGCUUCAAAGAUUUGGUGAUUUGUCAACAU